AUGCCUCUCAGGGAUCGCUUCGAAAUGAUGCGCGCCUUCUCGAUCCAGUCGCGCAAGAAGACCAAGGAGCUGAAAGGCAAGAGCAGAGAAAUCGAGCCCGUAUCUGCUCGUGAGGCUGCUGUCGCUGCUGCCAAGGCCGAUGGGGAUGGUAGCUUGCUUCCCAAAUACAGUGACCUGGUCAGUAGCGUCACCGGUAAUUCUGACUCCUCUGCCACCUCGACUCCCUCUGGCUCCUCUGACCUCUCGCCAGCGGACUUGUCAUCCGUCUUGGAAAUGACUGCCUCUGACGCAACGGCUGCCGCUGAGAAGCAGAGGCUUCGCGCCCGUUACGACAAGCUGGAGGAGGAGUACCUGAAGGGCCUGAACAGGAAAGCAGGUGCUGCGUUACCUUCUACGUCGCUUGACAUGUGUCCUCGCCCAGGGGUCGGAGCACAGUACGACUCCAGGGGUAAUGGAAACAGUACAGCUGCGGUCGACGUCGCCGCUGAUUCUCUGCCGGCUCAAAAGUACCGUCCUCAGGAUGAUAUCGAUGUCUUGCCCAAGAAGAAGGGCCCAAAGCUCUCCAAGUGUAAGAGCGUCAAAAAUCUCUGA